UUGGUGAGCUUCCCCCCGUUGGCGACAGCUCUCCUGACUCCCUUGCCACUUGAGUUCCAGGAUACAACUGCGCAAUGGGCGUAUUUAUCCUACGAAAACCCCUCGUUUGCCGUACUUGCAGGUGAAUUCAACCGGUCUGCCUUCGUCGCGCAAACCAAAAGCGUGACAUCUGAUCCCGAAGUAACCAAAGCCUUGGAAUAUCUCAACUCCACAGACUUCGUCGCGUACGACGAACGAUUCUUCGAUUUAAUCGGUCCCGAGGCAAGCAUUCGCCGGUUACACGAUCUCCCGUUCCAGACUCACGAGGCGCCGUGCUAUAACCCGUCGACCAAGGAGCUCUUCUUCAUCGAAUGGGGCCCUCCGGGGGGCGACGACGGUUCUCACGAUUGGCAGUACCUCCUGAACACGGAGACUAAUGAGCUGCGCAAGAUUUCGACCAACCCACCCAUUCACAACGUGCACGGAUGCGCAUUCCACAAUGGAUUGUACUAUGUCGUGACGGACGGGAGCCACAAUCAGACUGCGUCGCUGAAUAGAAUCAAUCCAGACACUCUGGAGGUGACUACUUUGCUUAAUAACUACUACGGGUUGCCAUUUCAGGGAUUCAACGACCUUGACAUCGAUUCCGACGGCAAUUUCUGGAUCACCGAUGACCACUAUGGCUGGGGACGAGGAGUCGUACCUUUCACGCCACCUGUGCUCUCUACCGUCUAUUUCGUCAACGGCACCACACUCCGUCCGAGACCCUUCCACGUCACUGAGAACCAGGCCAACGGUAUUGCGUUCUCCCAGGGCCACGACGGCAAGGCGACCAUCUUUAUUUCCCACACGGGCGCCGUGUCCCCGGACAAGAGCCACAGAGAAUACCCUUUCCGACCCCGGACUCUGGAAGCGUAUGAUGUGUCGUACCCGGGUGCAUGGACGAGCGGCCAUCGGCUCGUCAGCGUUCCUAUCUCUUUCGUCUACGACGGUAUCAGAACCACCAGGGGUGGCUGGGUCCUCGCCGGUGCGGGAGAGGGCGUAGAUAUACUCGACCCUCAGACCGGGCUGGCGUUGGGGACCAUUCGCGUGGGCGGGGGGGACUAUGUGGCGGUCAAUACGGCCUUGGGAGAGAAAGAGCUGUGGAUUGUUGGCGCUGGGGGCGUGUGGCAUGUAACUGGCUUUCGUGAGACCCUCACAAGGGGCUUUUAG